CUACUAUAUAACAAAUAAUUUGAGUUUAAAAUGAACUGUCACACUGAGAAAGAGCCAUGAGCUGAAAACACAAUGUCGGGCUGAACAUGUCAGAAGACAUAAUCCCAUCAGAACUGAGUAGGACCAGUAGUAAUGAAGAGGGUGGCUCAAGCUCAGCACCCAGCUCAAUACCCAGUUCAGAGGGAACUAGUCUAGCAAGGAGUGGAGCAGCUUCCGUCGCCAGUUACCAGUCUAUUACCAGCCACGUGGGGACAGGACCUGUUAGAUAUGUAAUGUCUGGUAUUAAACCUUCCUUGUCUUAUUUCGAGACGGUUGGGAUAUGUUUGCUCACUCUGACAGUACCAGUACUUCUAAAUCCCGUUAUUGGCUCCAAACCUACCAUGUCUAUGGAUCACCUCAUGGUUCAUUCACUCAGCAUUGCUUUAUCAUGCCUUAUUGCUGCUUUCAUAGGCGGUAUUUUUGCAGAGCUACACCACUACCAUCCUGUGGGUUGCGGAGGGAUUGUGUCCGUUGCAAGCACAGUGUGUGGAGGUGUACUGUCGUAUCUAGCCGUAGCUGCAAGUCUAGUUGCUGUUAUAUUUCAGGUGUCAGACACUACGAUCCGAUUAUCUGAUCUAAUAGAUAGACUGUUCCACUUCUCCUUCACAGACUCUACGCACGAUUGGUCGGUGAAAGUGAGUAUGCUGACUCUACUCCUAGUGGUGGUGAUAUUCCUCUCUUCUAUGGCUGGGAUUCUCGUCAUAAGCCGGAUAGGAGCUGUUACUGCUAUUUUAUCCUUCUGCUUCACUUUCGUCUUUGCAGGAUACGGAAUAAGCCACAAAGUGAAAAUAAACAGCGAGCUGGAUCUCCUCGCUAGCAUGAACAUCUCAAUAAAAGACACACCCCAUUCCGAGAUGUACAUGAUAAAAGGGGUAAAUGACCACGAAUCCUCCGUGUAUAUUGACAACGGCCUCCACUCAUACAUUGGUUACUUGACCAGUACGAUAGAACAGCUUGUGGUUGUUAAUCUGCUUUUACCCCUUACAGAGGACAACAAACUCAAAAAACCGAAAAUCAACAUCAUCGGAGCUUGCGUGUUCCUAUCAGUUGUUUUUGCUUCUCUGUUCAUGAAUCUGGCGUUAUCUCACAUAUCAUCAGUUGCUAAAGUCUUCGUUGAUCAGGCAGGGCUAACUAUGGGCAUGCCAGAGGAACUAGUCACCACAAUAUCAGUUGUGGUAGGUCUAGCUGCAGUUUGUCGAGCAGUCCUCAUCCUUUAUUCUGUGGCUAGAGUCAUGUGCCACAUGGUAGUGCGACGGGAGAUGGCUGGCAAUACUUUCCGCCCUUGUAAAAUAUUUAAGUUACCCAUGUUUGUUAACGGGAUCCAGUGUAUGAUUGUGGCGGGGACACUCUUCAUACGCAAGGAGGACGUCUCACAGUUCGCUAUGGUGUCCCUCUUUAUAUACAUCUGUAUAGGAGCUGCAUGUCACAUAUUGCAUCGAUUUGCAACACCUGAGUCGUGCGAGUCGAUACCAUUAAUCGAGUCAAUGGGUUCUCUGAAGCCACUAAAGGCGAUAAAAAUCCUUUUGGUGAUGGUAAUAUGCUCUUCAUUGGCGCUCUGUAUCGCUGAUAUCGCCGGAGAUUUCAUUAUAUUACCUACGUACACUUCAAAACAGAUUUACGCAGUAGUUCGGAUAUUCCUGGCUUUGCUCGUUAUUGGCUCCGUGUCUAUAAUAGCUUCAUUUGAACAGAAACAUGGCAUCGCUGGAAUAUACCGGUGGGGAGUAUGGACCCCCAUGAUCCCCUCGGCUGCAAUCCUCCUCGCAUGUGUGACUGUGAUCUACAACUGGUACUGGGGAGGCAUCAUCUCUGCGGUGACCCUACUGGUCACCGCUAACAUAUUCGCUUUUGAUAAGGUAUCGGGGAGAUUCUGCUGCGCUAGUGCCCCACAAACUGCAGACGAUGUUUCACAAAACUAAAGUGUUGAAAAUUUUAACAGAUUUUUAAAAUGUUAUUAGUUCCAUAAUGAUAUACAGGCUUGUGUUUAUACAAAAGCAAUUAUAUUUAUUGGAUCCACCCGCUCGGAACAAAUGGACCAAGUUUUACUUGCGCUACGUAGGUUAUGUGUGUUACCGGCGCUAUCUGUCUUGUAUCAAUUUCGGUUUUCCUUUUAUCUGUAGCUUUUUAGUUUUUGAACUAUCAGAGUAUCAGUAUCAUUUUAGUUUUUUUUGGCAUGGCAAAAAAUUUAAGAUUUAAUUUUGUAAGCUUCAAUUUUCAUAGUUUUUAGUUGCAUUAUGGGUUUUAUUUCAGAUUCUUUAUAAAUUGAAAUAAAAAGUUAUUUUUCUUUAAAAAUUUUAAAACUUUAUUUUUGAUGAUAUUGUUGUACAAAAAAAAAGAAACUAAAAUUUAUGCUCAUCGACAUUUCAUUAAAAUAUACAUAUGUAUUUGAAUUUCUGGGCGUUGUUUUUGUAACCAUGCUUCAUGCAUGUAAUGUGUACGUUAAAUUAUCAAAUAUCUUGUUCAAUAAAUAUAUUUAUUCUCGACCUGUCGACCAAUUUAAUUUGAAUUUACAAAUCUUCAGUAGGUAUUGAUUAUCAUUAAGUGUGCAUUGUUAUGUAUACUACUAUAAUAGUGUCAUUUGAUGAUUUUUCUAG